UACAUACAGGGUACAGAUAUACCCUACGUGUCGUAAUUUACAAUUUUAACGUACAACGAAGUACGAAAGCCGGCGAAUUGGGUUCUGCGACCCAAUCCGAAAACGCAUUCAGACAACACGCGUGUCUAAAAGACGUCGUAAAGACAUCUUUUAGACAUGCGAGUUACCGGAGCAUUUAAUUGUAGGAUCAACGUUGAUUAUUUCCAAGAUCGAUCACAUAAGGAUUCUCUGCCAGGAAGUUUUUAUACGAAAAGUAAUAGCCAAUUAUCGAUAAAUUGCGUUGGAUCUCUCGCAUAAUUUGUUCUAAGUCGAUCGAAAUAGCUCGCGACACGAAAUCUCGUAUUUAAACUCGAUUGCAUUUGUAAUCUCUAUAGUCUUGAGAUAAAUUUGUUCCAUUCCCGCAACCUUGGCUUGACGUGGAAACAGGAGGCGUGUUAGUCUCCUUUUUUCCUUUCUCUCCCUUAUUUUGUUAUGUCGCCGUAUUCUGAAACCGGUGUAACCCGGCGAACCCGAUUUCAAUGACUUCGCGGUUAGAUGAGUCGUCGAGCUCUACACUUGAUAUUGAUAAAUUCGGAAAAACUACAAACAAUAAUGUGAUUUAACUAUUUAUCAGAAUACUAUAAAGCGUGCAUUGAUCGUUAAUAAUUUUUUAAUGUUUAUUGUAGUCAAAAAACGAUCUGGAGAGAGCCUCGAGGUUUCGCGCCUUCGUUUCCAACUCUUGUAUUAACACAAUUAAUAUAAUUUAUAUUAAUUUUAGAGCAACAAAGGUUUUGUAAGCGUUUAUAUAUAUCACGAGUUUAUUAUAACCGAUAAGGUGAACUGUGUGUAUUCGCGAAUAACCCAUAAUUUAUGACUGCAACUUUCGAAUCGCGCCGACCGAUCCAAUAAUACGAAGAGAAUACGAUACAAGGAAGAUUCAAAUGCCGGUAACUUAUGAUCGCUCGUUAUGCGGCUUAUUGGCUUAUCUCUACAUUUUUUUCCGCUCGCUCGACAUAUUUAUGAAUCGAGAUAUAAUAAGCCAGUCAAUAAAAAUUUCACUAGGUUCGGCCGGAACACAAGUUUGCUAACGGGAGGUCUUGUACAGUUAGAACAUAAUUUAGAACGUGAAGAAAAGACAAAUUGCCAUAGCCCUAUAAAUCCGCCAAAUUUAACGAAAGAAGGUGAAUCCCAUAACUUCAGAAAAGAAUUGAUCAUAAACGAUGUUCAGUGAAGGAUAACGUAAAAUUUUAACCAUCGGAAUCGCUUCUUUCCGGUCAUUCGCUUCACGAAGGAAUCCGGUACGAUAUUUGGCUUGUGUCUAUUCCCGAAAGCUAAAGUACCACUUAUCUCGCACUUUAUGACCGCGAUUAGAAUCGCCUCCUCUAAAAAUCGGCCCUCGUGGGAGGAAUUUCGGUGCUAAAAUCGCGGAACGGCGAGAAGAUCGGGAAGGAGGGAGGAACAUAUUGUUGUCAGAACUAAACAGCCUUAGUGUUAAAAGUGUUAGAUUUAUACUUCCCAUCGUUGUCCCGCUAUGUCGUUUCGAAUUCCAUUAUGUCGCAUCUUCACCUAUCUCGCGCGAACUCAACGAGGCGUCCCUUCCAAGAGCAUUGACUGUGAUGCUCUCCUUCGUUUAUCACUGCGAUUUGAUAGUACCAGCUUGCUCUCGGCGAAGGUUAACCGGCUCUGUUUUACAUUCGAUGAAUCUUUGGUUUUAUUUAGACUACAGGGCGAAUGUAUCUCAUUGUAGCUCCACGAAUCCUGCUAUGGCAGAGUCUCUUUUGACCAGUAAUUUAACUACAUAAAUGAGAUUUGUGACAAUAAAAAAUUGAGACCCCACAAAAACAAUACAAUCUAUGUGUAACGAUCAUGUGUUAGGAAUAUCAUAUACGUAUAUAAUUAAUAUUAAUUUAAUAUAUUGAUAUUAAUUUUUUUAAUAUUCAUAUUUUAUCAGGAUUAGGUAUAUUACAUUAUCAGAUAUUACAUUAUUGACGCGUUUGAGAAUACAGUUAUAUCAUCACAUAAAAAAUUUACGGAACUUAUUACUUACCGUUAUAUUUAUUUUCAAAUCGAAGCAGCUGUUGCGAAUGAUGGUUCUACCUGAUUGAUAUUCAACUAAGUAUUCAACUUACAAUUCAGCAGCUGAUUGAGACUGCGGCACUUUAAAUGGUUCAUAUUAGAGCCUAAUGAAAGACCGUCACUUAAGAUCAUCACCAUGUAUCUCGUCGCGUGUCAAACAGCUGUCAAUGACACGUGUACACGUCAAUGAAUUCUACUUCCGCUUUAUGUACUAAUCGACGUGUCAAUAAUAAUCGAUCAAUAAUGGCGAUGAAUUUUUAUGAAUAGCCGAAAGUAAAAUAGAUAUUAAGAUUUAUUCUAGAAAUAGAUGUAAAAAAAUUUUGUUUCGUCCGUUGAAAGAACGCACUUGGGACGGUUUUUGGCGCCGAUCCUAAUCCUACGCUACGUGUAUCGCUUAAUAAUACGUGACAUAAGUGCCAACGACGUUCUUCGCCAUUAUUGUCGUAACGACACCAUUGGCACAAUACACGUUGCUUCACUUUCUUACGCAAGAUUCAGCUUCCCCCAGCUGAUUCAAGGACGUCCGUCAUGAUCUUAUUUCAUUGUAAUCUUGUCCCCCGACACUCGAAGGCGGAACUCAUUAUUAUGCGACAGAAGCUUUGAACACGAUGCCUAAUUCCAGUUUGAAAUAGAUUUUCAUGCCCCUUACAGGCUCCUGAAAACUUCUCCCAAAAGUUAAAUGCGAGAUGAAUGCGAUCGAAGUUUAUAUUUGAUCGAGUUAAUACUACAAUUAAUGCUCGAUGUUGAUGACAUUGAAUCACUUCAUUUGUUUAGCGCGGAUAGCUUUCCCAGACAGCACGCAUGUCUAAAAAACGUCAUGAAGACGUCUUUAAGAUGUCUUUGCGACGUUUUUUUUAGACACGCGUGCUAUCUGAGUUUCCUAGACUAUAUUCUAUAUAGUACCCCUAACAGCAAAUGUAUAUUCUGAGAAUGUUUAAAGGAUAUCGUAAAAUAUAAGAUAUUAUAAGGACGUUCUCAGUAUAUUAAUAAGUACAUCCUUAGUAUAUUCUAUAGAUAUACAAGAUAUUAUUGCUGUUAGAGACAUAUUCGAUUCAUUGUAUUUAAAAACCAAAUCCCCUCAAUCAAACACGAAUAAAUAGGAAUACUUUACUAAUUGCUGUAAUGGUUUCAGGAAAAAAUGAUCACCAGGCAUCAACGAAACAACAUUCUGCUCGUAAUAUUAUACCUCUUCAUGCAAGUGCCUGACGUGAUCCACGGACACGGAAGAUUAAUGGAUCCUCCGUCGAGGAACGCGAUGUGGAGGUUCGGCUAUCCAAACCCCGUCAAUUACAAUGACAACGAACUUUUCUGCGGUGGUUAUGCAGUCCAUUGGCAGCAGAAUAAUGGCAAGUGCGGGGUUUGCGGGGACGCGCAUCAUUUGAGUCAGCCGCGCCCACACGAGGCCGGUGGCGAGUUCGCAAACGGGAUCAUUGUUCGACGAUACACCGUGGGAGAGGAAAUCGAAGUGGAGAUAGAGCUAACGGCCAACCAUAACGGCUGGUUCGAGAUGUAUAUUUGCCCCAACAACGAUCCGUCGCGCGUGACAACGCCGGAGUGUUUCGCUUCCUAUCCCCUGUACGUAUCCGGGACGCAGAACGUACGUUUUGAGAUUCCGCACGAUACGGGAAAGAAGGGCAUCAUUAGGUACACGGUAACGUUACCACCGUAUUUAACAUGCUCGCAAUGCGUCGUUCAAUGGAAUUAUUACACAGGUAACAUGUGGGGCACGUGUGAAAAUGGCACGGAAGCCGUCGGAUGCGGCAGGCCAGAAACCUUCCGAAACUGUGCCGACGUGAGCAUCGUUACCAGCACCGGUGCAAUACCGCCGCGGUUUCUGUAUCAGAAUGUUAUCUACGAGCUGUACUCCGUAGCUCCGAAAUUCUCGACCGCUCCGUUUGCUCGACCACUCAGGGCUCAAGUGUGCGAGCCAACCGCGGCUUAUCGAUACAGGCAGAAUAUGACCAAUUGGUGUCAAGUGAAUUGCAUUCGCGUCCCGUCGAACUGUCCGCCAGGAAUCUGUCAUUGUCUAAACACUUGUGACGCUAUUGGAGAUAUUGCUGACAGACCUGGAGCGGACCAAUACUGCCUAAGACGUUGCAUGCGAUAUCCGUCCAAUUGCCCGACCGAUCGCUGUAACUGUUAUUGAAACUGUGACCGAUAUUGACAUUCUACAUGCAGCGUUAAAUGUGGGAUGUGAAUAUGCAUACCGUCGAAUUAAUAAAAGUCUGACUGUAAUUUCACAGCGUGCGUAUAAUACUGUGGAAAAGUUUACACAUAUACACGUACACAAGAGAACGUUUUUCUUACCUUAUCGUGGAUUUUUCUUCCCGAAAAACUUUCAAGGAAUGCUAAAAGUGUAAAGCCCCAUUUUAAACGAUCCGAGAUUCAAGUCGGAUUUCAAGAUAGAAUUCGAUUUAUAAUUUUGUAUUUUGUAUAUUUUGUUUUGAGGUAUUUUAAUGUAUAUUUUAUAUAUGCAGGUAUUUCGAUUUUUCUAAAUGUUUCUCUUUAUUACACAGCACGUCCCAGGGAACAGCGUCGCGUGAUUUCCACGUCAGUUUUUGGUCAGUCGUCAAUUAUCCUUUUAUAAUCACGUAAUAAUGACGUAAAAAUAACAGGAAUAAGUCACAGACCGAUGAAAACGUUUCGAGACGUUGAAAAAACGUGAUUUUAUCUUUUUUUUGCCUUUUAAUGACGUUUUAAAAACGUUUUAAUAACUAUAGAGGAAAAUC